GCUAUAUUGUAGCACAUGGGUCACCUAAGAAUGUGUAAACUGAGCUCAAGACAAAGAUUAUGAGGUCACCCCUCCUCUUCUCGCUCAACCGGCAUUUUGCUUUAUUAUUGAAGCUCUCCAUUCUUUCCCCCAUUCACAUCUCCAAAGACAGAGCCACAGGAAGUUCUUUCAGAAAACAUUAGAAACCAAGCAGAAAGAGAAGGACGAGAAGCACCAAUAGGAGUAGUUACAGUUCGGACCCAGUUGGGAUUUUCAUCUUCUAACAACUUGUGAAACCAGAUGAACAAGUACAUGAAAAGCUUUCCAAAAGAUACUAUACAUUCAUCUUCUUCAAGCUAGAAAAUGGAUAAGAAGCAGCUAGACCUCUUGUUCAUUUACUCUGCAGCAAUUAUGGUGGGAGCAAUGUUCUUUAGUGUUGAAGCUGCACCAGUUGAAGAUAAACAAGCUUUGCUUGAUUUCCUUCACAACAUUAAUCACUCUAGUCACCUAAACUGGGGAAAGAGCUCUUCUGUAUGCAAAAAUUGGAUAGGAGUUACUUGCAACACUGACCAAUCCAGAGUUAUAGCUCUUCAACUACCAAGAACAGGAUUGAAUGGUCCAAUCCCACCCAACACACUUGAUCGCCUCUCAGCACUCCAAACUCUUAAUCUUGCAUCAAACAAUAUAACUGGUUUUUUCCCUUUUGGUUUCUCUAUGCUAAAGAAUUUGAGCUAUCUCUACCUCCAAUUGAACAAAAUUUCUGGUCCAUUGCCAUCAGAUUUUUCAGUGUGGCACAAUCUCACUGUUGCCAAUUUUUCCCACAAUUCUUUUAAUGGGAGCAUCCCCUUUUCAUUGUCAAUUUUGACUCAUCUCAGUUCUUUAGCCCUAGACAACAACUUACUUUCAGGUGAAAUUCCUGAUCUCAAUAUUCUUACCCUGCAAGAGCUCAAUUUGGCCAACAAUAACCUUAGUGGGGUUGUGCCUAAAUCCCUUCAGAGAUUUCCUAGUUUGGCCUUUUCUGGUAACAAUCUUACAUCUGCACUUCCUCAUCCAAGAAGGAAAAGAAAAAGACUUGGUGAACCAGCAUUGUUGGGAAUCAUAAUUGGUUGUUGCGUGCUGGGACUUGCUACGGCGAUCGCAGCUUUCAUGAUCUUGUGUUGCUAUCAGGGUCUUAAAUUGCGAUCUGCAGAACAUGGUGAACAAGGAGGACUGAAGUUCAAGAAAAAGGAAGUCUCUGAGGAAAAAGAAGCUUCUGAGAGUAGACACAAGAACAAAGUUGUCUUCUUUGAGGGUUGCAGUCUCGCGUUCGACCUUGAGGACCUGUUGAGAGCAUCAGCUGAGGUUCUUGGAAAGGGAACGCUUGGUACAGUGUACAAGGCUGCUCUAGAGGAUGCGACAACCGUGGCGGUGAAGAGGUUGAAGGAGGUCACGGUUGGGAAACGAGAGUUUGAACAGCAGAUGGAGAUAGUAGGGAGUAUUAGGCACGAGAAUGUAGCUGCACUAAGGGCUUAUUACUAUUCAAAGGAGGAGAAACUUAUGGUAUAUGAUUACUACGAACAGGGCAGUGUCUCAGCAAUGUUGCAUGGCAAAAGAGGGGUGAACAGAAUCUGUUUAGACUGGGAAAGCAGGUUGAGAAUAGCAAUUGGUGCAGCAAGAGGUAUUGCCCAAAUCCAUGCUCUACAAGGAGGAAAACUAAUCCAUGGAAACAUAAAAGCCUCAAACAUCUUCCUCAACUCCAAAGAAUACGGUUGUCUAUCUGAUACUGGUCUAGCAACAUUGAUGAGUCCAGCAUCCGCACCAGCAUUGCGAGCCACAGGGUACCGCGCACCGGAAGCAACCGAUCCUCGAAAAGCAACACCGGCAUCAGACGUGUUCAGUUUCGGGGUGCUGCUUCUCGAGCUUCUAACAGGGAAAAAUCCCACAACACAUGCCACAGGAGGUGAGGAGGUUUUCCACUUGGUUAGAUGGGUAAGUUCUGUGGUUAGAGAGGAGUGGACUGGGGAAGUGUUUGAUGUAGAAUUACUGAGGUAUCCAAAUGUAGAGGAAGAAAUGGUUGAGAUGCUACAAAUAGGGAUGGCUUGUGUUGUGAGGAUACCAGAUCAGAGACCAACAAUGGCAGAGGUGGUGAGAAUGGUAGAGGAAAUUCAUCACACUGACACUGAAUCUAGAUCAGAAUGUUCUACUCCAACUCCUCAUGCAAUUGAGACACCUUCUACGCCUCUUCCACAUUGACCUUCAUUUGUUUUUUUGUAGUACGUAGUCGUUAGCAGAGUUUCAAAUUAUGGUCCGCAAGCGCACUUGCCACCCCAACAUAAUGCGUUUUAGAGUCCCAACAUUGGCAACUGCAACAACGAUUUAAAACUCUAGUUUUUUCUUAAGGUUCUUGUCAGUGUUAACCUGUUCGGAAUAUGAUAAUGAUAUCUCCCAACAAAUGAUUUUUUGGAGUUCAAUCUUGUGACAUCACAUUUACGUGAUCUUGUUUACCUAUCACGAGAUCAACACCUUAUUGGGAAAACUCUGGUUGUUAAUGAUGUAAUUUAGUUCCUGCCUCAAUUUUAAUUUA